GUCGCGUGGACUACCACCACACUUGUCCACCUUGUGUCGCAAUCCAGCCCAGGGGAUUUGUACCAGCAAGAAAGAGCUCGGCGGACCGUGAACGGAGGGACAAACCGAUGGAGAGCGCCGGCGCCGGCGAGGAGCGGCCGCGGGGCCACCGGUUCGUGCUCGUGCACGGCGUCUGCCACGGCGCGUGGAGCUGGUACAGGGUGGCCACGGCCCUGCGGUCGGCCGGCCACCGCGUCGACGCGCUCGACAUGGCCGCGUGCGGCGCCAGGCCGGGGCGCGCCGAGGAGGUGGGCUCGUUCCAGGAGUACAGCCGGCCGCUGCUGGACGCGCUGGGGGCGCUGCCGCCGGGGGAGAAGGCGGUGCUGGUGGGCCACAGCUACGGCGGCCAGAGCCUGGCGCUGGCCAUGCAGGCGCACCCGGACAGGGUCGCCGUCGCCGUCUUCGCCUCCGCCGCCAUGCCGGCCGCCGGGAAGCCCCUCAAGUUCGUCUCCGAACAGUUUGCGCAAGAAAGGGGCCCGGGUUUCUUCAUGGACAGCGUGAUCGAGACCACCGGCGGCGACGACCUGGAGCGCGCUUGCAAGACGUUCCUGCUGGGGCCGGAGUACAUGGCGCAGCGACUGUAUCAGCUCAGCCCAGCGGAGGACCUGACGCUGGCGACGAUGCUGGUGAGGCCGUCGCGGCGGUUCGUGGACGACGCCGUGAUGAACGGGGAGGAGGUGCUCACGGCGGAGAGGUACGGCGCGGUGAGCCGCGUGUACGUCGUCGCCGAGGAGGACGCCUCGUGGUCGCCCGAGUUCCAGCGGCGGAUGGCGUCGUGGAACCCCGGCGCGGAGGUGCGGGGGCUCCAGGGGGCCGAUCACAUGCCCAUGUUCUCCAAGCCCAGGGAGCUCUCAGAUCUCCUCGUGGAGAUAGCCGACAAGUACAUGUGAAAUUCUGAAUCAGCAAACUUCAUCUUCAGUUAUGAAUUCUGAAUAAUUCCUUGAGAGGAAUCGAGAUGGAUUGCUUGGGUCAAAAUUCAAACUUCAGACAUGGAUGUCACAAAGAACAUUAUGGUACAGAAAUAUUUACCACUUCCGCUUCAACAUUUAUUUAUGUUACGUUUUACUCCUC